AUGCCUGAACCAGCGAAGUCAGCACCUAAGAAAGGCUCGAAGAAAGCCGUGACUAAGACCGCAGGGAAGGGUGGAAAAAAGAAGAGGAAGACCAGGAAGGAGAGCUACGCCAUCUAUGUGUACAAGGUGCUGAAGCAGGUACAUCCAGACACCGGCAUCUCCUCCAAGGCCAUGGGCAUUAUGAACUCCUUUGUCAGUGACAUCUUUGAGCGGAUCGCCGGUGAAGCUUCUCGUCUGGCUCACUACAACAAACGCUCCACCAUCACCUCCAGAGAGAUCCAGACCGCUGUCCGCCUGCUGCUGCCGGGUGAGCUGGCUAAACACGCCGUGUCCGAGGGAACCAAGGCCGUGACUAAAUACACCAGCUCCAAAUAA